GUGGCGUUAUCUGUGGCGUAAGUGCUCGCGCAUCUACGCAAUUUCCUUGUGUGGGAGAGAGAAACACAAACCUUAAGUACUCUAGACAGCUCACGUCACACUAGCAGAUGUCUGAUAUUCCGUGCAGGAAAAGUUAGAGCAGGUAGUUUGAAGGUUUUCGUGUAGGCUCUAUCUACCGGGACAGCACGCGCUCACCGGCGCCGUCCACAUUUAAAUCCAGCCAUCGUGUGAAGGCCCUCAGCGAUCAUCUCCUAUGUUUGAAACAAUUGUAGUGAACAUGACGAGUUUGAAGGCGUUCACCGAGCCGUUUGGGAGAGUGGCUUCUGAACCGGUGGAGGACACUGACCCCAGCAGCUUCAUUACAGAUAUGUCUCUGAGGUCACAUUACCCCAUUCAGGACACUGAUCCACGAGCUAUCAGAGCUCCUGUAACCCUACAGCUCAGUUCUGUUUCCCCUGGAUAUUUGUCAUCAGCGGUGGGCAGGAUACGACAACCUGUGGAAAAUGACGGUAGUGAAUUUAUUCCAUCAUCAUCUGUUUCAUCAGACUUUGGUAAAGAACAUAAGGCUUGUAAGGAGUGUUUAUGUUCUGCUCCUCCACCCAAAAUCAGUGACCUGAUGAAUGACGAAGACCUUCUGUACACUCUAAGAUUGAAGCUCGAUCCGACUCACUGCACUGUCAAAAACUGGAAGAACUUUGCAAGCCGCUGGGGAAUGAGCUACGACGAGCUCACACUUCUAGAGCAGCGCACACACGGUCCCACCUACCAAAGUCCCACUCAAGAGUUCCUCCUGCGCUACAACCAGAAACCUGUCACGGAGCUCACCGCACUCUGUCAGCUUUACCAGCGCAUCGAUGUGCUUCGAUUGCUCCAGAGAUGGAUGGAGAACGACUGGCCCUCGCGCUGGCAACAAGCCCAUUAGCUGGUACUUCACAAUAACUGGACCUCAAAGGAGAAACGUGUUGGUAGAAACUGAAAUUCAUGACUGCAGGGAUGGACAGCAGGUCAGAACACAUUACUGAACGGGUGGUACAAGGUUAUACACUGGACGUAGAUUAUUUUUUGGUAACCGUUGGUUUCAUCACUCCAUAUGUAACCAUCUGGUUAGCUGUAUUAGCUAUGUAGUAAAAUCAACAAAUAUAUGCAGUAGCACCCCAGCACUUCAGUAGAAAAAUGAAAGACCGCUCAGGUGUGAUUACUCAUUUUCAGAUUCUGUCUGGAAAUUCUCUGUGAUUCCGGUCAUACAGCAUUUUAUUUAUUUUAAUACAAACAGUCAUCUGCUGGCGGUGUGCCAGUGUUGGUGGUCUUAUGAAGUGUCCUUUAACUAGUAACAUGUACUAUAAUGAGUCAUUGUUCUCAAUAUCUAAAUGAGUUUAAAGACAACUUUUCACCUUUAUUCUUGCCUGCUUUCUAGUAAUAAGGUCAUUCUAGAAUGAAUCACACAAAAACUGCAUCUCCUUUCAGUGUAUAAAAACUGAAUCUCCUAUGUUUUACAUGAAUUUGAGCAUGUAAAACAUUGUGAUAUAUAUAAAAUUCCCAUUGCACUGCUCACUGAGCACUUGAAUUUAGUAUCAUGUUUGGUAUGAAUGGCACUUAUUCUUUUAUUAUUAUUAUGAGACUUUAAGAAAGAUUUAGCAUGUCUCUGAGAAAGGAGUGGUAAAAUAGCAGUGUAACUGCAGAGAACAGUGGAUCUGGAUGUUGACUGGACCUUUUUGAAAAAAUUAGUUUUAAAAAUGCAGUGUGGCUGUUUCAAAAUGUAUGGUCAAAUGUAAGUUACAAUGCAGGUAGUAGGAUAGAAUGUGACAAUAUUACCUCUUCUAAACAAGACUUUAAAAAGUGUUUGGUUUUUGUGCCAUGUACUCUACCUAGCUUUUUAUUUCCUUUGUCUAAAAAUGAAAGCCUGUUUAUGUGCAUCAGGGGUUAUCUGUUUAAAAAUAAAACUUUUAUAUGCACAGUA